AAAUGGAACAGGGGGUGAAUGCAGGACCAAAAGCUGAGCACUUCUGAGUUCUCAUCCUGGCUCUGAGCAAGGCACUGCAGCCCUUGUGAGUCAGAUUCUCUGCCACUGAGUCUUUUUCUGCAAAGCAGAAAGCAAUACUCUUCUCUGGUGGGACUAGGAAGGACACUAGUGACUGUUCCUAACACUGCAGAGUGUUUAUUAUUUAGCAAGUUUCUUGACUUUUAAAAAUAAACCAAAUUGAUACACUCCAUCCAUCAGCAGUGCCCUCGAGGAAUGAGUAGCUAAUUAGAGAGCAGGACUUGUGAAAAGACAAACCUGGGUUAUGCACAGAACAGGUUUCGCCAGUAUUUAUUGCCCAUGUUACUGGCCAAGCUUCCUUGUAAGUAAUAGUCAAAUAAUCGGCCUGGGUCCUUUUGUGAAUGGCUUGAGUCUGUGUGGUCCCUCCUUUGUUAGAGCAACUCAUGGCUUCUGAAAGCUUCUGCACCCCCUGUUCUGAACAGCAGAGCCUGGUGGCACCAGCUGCUUCUGCCUGGAACAAACAUUUGCAUGUGGCAUAAAAAGAAAAAAGCUAGUUUCAAAAUGUAUUUUCUUUUCCUUAUGCCCUCAUUUUUUAGCCCUAGUUCAAACUCUGGAAAUAUUUAAAAGAUUAAUAUAUUUAGCUUUUGCUACAAGCAUCUUUUAAACAAGUAAAGCUUAAAGAGGAAAGAGAAAUCUUUCAGAAAUAAAACAGCAGCCAGUGUUUGGAAAUAUUUUAACAAUAGACCAUAUGGGAGUCCCAAACUAUUAAGCUUUAUUAUUCAGAAGGCGGAAAAUGUGGUUUGAUAUUCAAUUGAUAUACAGCAUAAAUGAGAGCCGCAGACUCGGCUCCCUUGAGCUGGGAUUCAGAUGUUCUCUUGAAUAUAAUAACCAAUGCUUUGGCCUAGUUCCACAGAAUGCAUCCAGCCUGCUGAUCACAAGCCAAGAAACUGUAGGCUUUUUUUCCCCUUCCCUUCUCUUCUCCAAACUACUUUCCUCUCCUGCCAGCAUGAGCUUUUGGCCUGAAUAUAAAUCUCCUGAUACUGGAUGUGUAUAGAAAGUGGGGAGGACGCUAAUGGUGCACAGCAUUGGAGCUGUGUGUGUGCAUGUGUGUGUUUGUUUUUCUUCUGCUUUCAUGAUAAGGUUUUCCCCUCGCAGUGUGCUCUCAAGGGAUUACAUUGGUCAUCCCAGGUGGGAGCUUCUUUGUUCAUGCUUCACUGUUUGUUUCUUAGUGCUGUGGGAGCAGGUGAAUAUCUUUUGGGGUUACUGUGAAGUGGUGCCAGAGACCAUGAGAGUGUGGAAUUUAUUGGAGGGAGAAACUGGAAGUGGUUUCUGUUUCUUUCAGCUUUUUUUUUUUUUUUCCCUGGUUUGAUUUGCAUAUAUUUAUAUUUGCCCUUACCCCUUUCUAUCAUGUCUCUUUUAACUUUCUCUCCUAUGGGGAAAAGAACCCAUAAAAGCUGCUUAAAAAAUAUUCUGUAUUGUGCUGGUUUUGCACACAUGUACCACACGCACAUGGACUAAGAUUACCUGUAUGCAAAAGAAUGCUGAAAGAUUGAUACUGUGAUCAAGUUAUGGCAGGCUGGAUCGUCUAUUUUUUGCUACAGGAUCCUUUUGGUACUGACAUCCUCGGCUGUGUUGGGUCUAUCUUUUCUAUCCUCUCAGGAUCUCUGUGGUUUGUCAUUUUCCCUGAGUAGGCAGGAGACACCAGCAUUAAGGUAUCUUGCAUUUUUCUCUAGAAGUAUGGUGAGCCCAAGAAAAAAGACUCCCACUUUACAUGCGAGUCCAGGAAUGCCUCUCAUGUAGAAUACUGGAGAGAGUAUAAGUUAUGCAUGAUGAAUAUGAAGUUUAGUUUUGGCUUCUGUCUGUUCUCCAUUUCUCUUUUCAGUUGUUCAUGAUAGGUUACAUUUUCCGUAUUUUUGUCUCAACCACACUCAAAUUUUUUCCUUUGGGGAAAACUGGAGCAAAAUCAAUUUUAGUGCAAUUUUUCAAGACUCCUUGACUUGCGCUUACAUCUGUUUGGUGUGGGGGAGUGGAAUUUUAUCAUAAAACGUUUGAUUUAUUUAAUGUAUUCAAUAAGCAUCGAAGAUGUGCCAGGUACUUUCUCAGCCCUUUUGGAUGAGAAAUCUUGCAAGCUAAGAACUUAACAAACAAAGAAGUUCCAGAACUAUUUCCCUGCUGUUAAGGUCUCCAUGUAUCUAAGGAAUAAACCAAGUUUGAACAAAGUAGAUCCUAAUACUUGUAAAGUACAAAAUGUCACAGGCCUUACUGAUUAAAUCUGUGAUUGAAACAACUAUUUUUUAAAUAUAUUUCCUGAUCCUGUUAUCUGGCCAACUUAAACUCACCUGAGAUGUACCCAUGUGGCAGCUCUACUUUCACAGAAUUCACAGAAUGACUAGGUUGGAAGAGACCUUAAAGGUCAUCAACCAACCCAUGCCCUAAAUUCAUUCAUUCAUUGCAACUGUGUGUCUGUUUCUGUUGGUGAAGCUGCUGUUACCCAUCUGUGAUGCUGCACCAAGGGCUCAUGUAAACAGGGUCAUUGAUUGAGACCAAGGUAAGUUACAAAUUGAAAGGAGGAGCUAUUCUCAGUUAACUUCAUCUUAAUGAAGAGGCAAUUUGGAGUAGUUAAUAAGGAAUAGCUGUUCUGGAAUAAUCCCUUUUUAAGACAAACCCUCACUGUUUCUAUAAUUGCAUUCCAGGAAGCUAUUCUGUUCUGAAUCAGCAUGGGAUAGAGUGCCUAGAAGACGUUCAGACCAAGCACAGCUAGCGCGUCCCUGCUGGUUCUCCAUUCUGCAUCCGUGCAGCCACGUUCUAUUGAUGGCCUGUUGUGAUUUCAAUGGAACAUCAUGGGAUGUACCUGGCACGUCGGGCAGCACUGGAUGGAGGUGCCUUUAGCCCAAUGUACCUGGCAUGGUGGUAAGGUGAAGGUGAGAGGAAGAGAAGGUGGAGAUGGAACUGCCAAAUCAUGCCAAACAACUGCUACUGCAGCUGAACCAGCAACGAGCCAAAGGUUUCCUCUGUGAUGUGAUCAUUGUGGUAGAAAAUGCCCUGUUUCGUGCCCAUAAGAACAUCCUGGCAGCCAGCAGCAUGUAUUUCAAAUCCCUUGUCCUGCAUGACAACCUGAUAAACUUAGACACGGACAUGGUGAACCCCACCGUGUUCCGGCAGAUCUUGGACUUUAUUUAUACUGGCAAGCUCUUAACGACUGACCAGCCUGGUGAACAGAACUUUAAUGCUCUCCUCACCGCAGCAAGCUACCUCCAACUGCACGACCUGGCAGCUCUCUGCAGAAAGAAGCUGAAGCGGAACGGCAAGUCCUUUGCUGGCAAGGCCGGUGGCCUUGGUGUUGGGAGAUCUGCCAGGAGUCAGAGACUUUCCACUGCUUCAGUCAUCCAAGCUCGCUAUUCAGGGUCAAAUGAGGGGUUGAAGGGCUCGCACUCAAAGGAGCUGUCAAAGGGAAAGCUCUCUGAUGAUGAGGUCUUCAUCAGCAGCUCUAACCAAGAGAACUGUCACUCCUUAAGCAGGGGAACCAGCAAGAAUGGUGGUGGGAGCAGCAGUGCGAAUGGGAGCACCGGUGACCAGGAGCUAGGCCUUGACCUGUCCAAAAAAAGCCCCUCACUCCCUGUUGCAGCCUCCCACGAUGACACGCAGCACAGCGAAAGCCAGCAGGGCUCUCCCCAAUCUGCCUCAGCCCCUGCAGCCAACAGUGCCUCAUCGUUCGACGAGUCUGGCGUCGGAGCCCCCCACAGCAUGGCGGACAGCAGCGACCCCAUGGAGAUGGAUCUGAGCGAGGAGUGCCACCACUCACUGACAGAGAGCAGCCAGCGCAAGGGCCUCCGGCACUCGUCCCGCAAGAAGGAGUGGAUCAAGAAAGACAACGCCUUUGACCGAAAGGAAGGGGGCAAAGACAGGGACGAGGGUGAAGGGCUGCCCAAUGGUAUCCUGCUGGGGCCCUUGUCCAAGUCUGUGGAGAGGAGUCUGGCUGGGGCCUACGGGGCAGACCUGCCCUACCCAUGUAAGGAGGAGGUAGAAAACGGUAAGGAGAACAGUGACGACAGUGGCCAGAGUGAGAGUGAGAGUGGCGGCCAUACCAGUGCCAACUAUGUCUACCGGCAGGAGGGGUUUGAGCCAGUGGCCUAUGGUGACAACCUGUAUGUCUGUAUCCCCUGUGGCAAAGGCUUCCCAAGCUCUGAGCAGCUCAAUGCCCACGUGGAAACGCACACCGAGGAAGACCUUUACAUCAAGGAGGAAGGCACAUACGGCAGCAAGGAUGAAGCUGAGGAUUUGUCCAACCCCAAUCAGUCCUACGCUGCGGAGUCCCGGCCCUUCAAGUGUUCAGUGUGUGAGAAGAGCUACAAGGAUCCAGCCACGCUGCGGCAGCACGAGAAGACUCACUGGCUGACGCGGCCCUUCCCUUGCAACAUCUGCGGCAAGAUGUUCACACAGCGUGGCACCAUGACACGGCACAUGCGCAGCCACUUGGGGCUCAAGCCCUUUGCUUGUGAGGAAUGUGGGAUGCGCUUUACCCGGCAGUAUCGACUAACAGAGCAUAUGCGUGUCCACUCAGGAGAAAAACCUUACGAAUGUCAACUGUGUGGUGGGAAAUUCACCCAGCAGCGCAAUCUGAUCAGCCACCUGCGAAUGCAUACCUCUCCCACAUAAGCCAAAGACUCCAGAAUGAGCUUCAAGCCCAUCCACGGUGAUUUACUUUUCUGUAGACUUGCUGCUUAAAAAAAAAGAAAAAAGAAAAAAAAAAACAAUAAAAAAGGGGGCAACUCCCCAUACUCUGUUCAGUCAUGAGAGGCCUAAACAAAUGUAGCUUUAACAUUUUAAAAAAAAGUUCAUUUUUUUUUCCUUUUUUUAAAAAAAGAAAGGUCCACAGCCAAGCUGAUGCAUUUAGUCCCAGUCUCCCUUCAAAUUUUGAUGACCUGGCAAGAAAUGCCUCUUCUUUUUGCACACAUUGAUUUCAUUGCCAUAUUGCUUAUUUGGAGCAGGUAGGGGGACCUUGGGGAACUUUCAGCCUCUGCUGGCUCCCCCUCCCUGCCUCUUUCUGUGUUCUUGUCACUGUACUCACUUCCUUUUAAAAUCAAACUCAGUAGGGGUAUUUCUUGCCAUUAAAAAAAAAAACAAAAAAACACACCUUUUCAGUGGCCUAAGUAGCUGUGAAAUAACAGCAUUCUCAAGUGCAGAAGCUGUGUCUGUGGACCACCUCACAGGGUUGGCAGCCCCUCCAGAGACUGUGGGAAAGCCACAGCAGUGGUGGAGCCCACCCCUGUCCCCCUGGGCUGGCGAUGGUGUGGGGGGCAGCUCUCAGGGCUGCACCAGUCCCAGUACUUCACUUAAACAAAUGGCGAAGCCUACCUUACCAUCCCUCCCCAUUCUGGUUUUCAUCUUUGUCCUUGGCACACAUAACCACGUGCCACUUUCUCCCAUAAAACAUGCAAACCUCUUUUGCCUUACCCAUGACUGAACAGGGACUGGAUGCCCUGGGAAUUUCUUUCAGUGAGCAGGGGGUCGUCUUUACUUUUCUAGUAGUUUCGUAUGAAUAUUCUUUGCUUAGAGGUACUUGUUUUAUUAAAGGAAAAACCAUUGUAACGUU